AUGCUGUGUCCUACUGGAACUACGUUUAAUAGCGAUGUCGGAAACUGUGACAACACGCAGAGUGAAAACGUUCGUUGUCCUAAUGGCCGUCGUCCAAACAACAACAACAACAACAACAACAACAACUUCAAUUCUCGUCGCCCUAACAACAACAACAACUUCAAUUCUCGUCGCCCUAACAACAACAACAACAACAACUUCAAUUCUCGUCGCCCUAACAACAACAACAACAACUUCAAUUCUCGUCGCCCUAACCUUAACAACAACAACAACAACAACAACUUCAAUUCUCGUCGCCCUAACAACAACAACAACAACAACAACAACUUCAAUAAUCUUAACAACCCUAACAACAACAACAACAACAAUUUCAAUAAUCGUCGCACUAAUAACCAGCGUAAUGCACGACGUAACGUGUUCCAAGGGUCAAGGCAGGUUAUCGUCCCUCUCACUCUUCCCAGGGGACCAGACAGCGUCUGCGAUCAACUUGAAGACGCAAUUAACAACGACUUCCGAUCACGUGUCCAAGGCGCAGUUGGAGCCGUGCCCAACAUUCCCUACCUAAACCUGACGUGUACAUUCGAGAACCGGAAUCAGAACCAGAAUCGGAAUCAAAACCGGAAUCAGAACCGGAAUCAGAACCAGAAUCAAAACCAGAAUCAGAACCGAAACCAGAACCCAAACUGGUUUCAGUUCCGGGGCUAA